UAAAGAAAUAAUAUAACAUCUAUAUCACCAGUUAAUACUAGAUGUCACCAAUGAAUCUGUUUUAUAUUUCAUAUUCAUUACUAGACACAGUUUCCAUGGGAACGGUGCAGCUAUAAAGCCCGCCACUAGGGAACAUGGUGGCCGUGGCUGUCAUCACUAUCAGCGAUUAAAAAAGGGAUUAAAGUAUCGCCACCACAAACCAGCAACUGUAUACAAUCUAACCCUAACACGUUUUAUCUGUACCUCUUUUGAUGUGAUUGCCCAGAAUUAUUUUACUGCUUAUUAAGUACACUCACUUAGUCAAAGUAAAGCUUACAGAAUUGCCACAUUUCUACUUCUACUUUAUUGCUGUCUGAAUGCUUUGUAAAUUUUAAAACAGCAAAUGAAAAAUCUUCAAUGAAGUUAUUGCAUAUAUUACAGGUCUUGAUCUUUCAAACUGCUUUUCCAUUUUCCACAUUUUAAAAUGAGGGAGAAGUUGGACCAGUAAUCCCUACAUUAUUCCCUUCUAAAGUGAUUAAAACAUUCUCCUGAUGUACCAAAGAGAUUAAAGAUUCGACAAAAGUCUGAGAUUGUAUUUUUUUUUCAUAAAUUCCAACAACAAAAACACUGCAACACACUAACUUUAACAAUCAUUUCAUUUAACAAUUCAUUAUGUAAAAAGUGAAUAAUCAGUAGCCAAAAGUGCAAAUUAAAUGUUUAGUAAUAAAAUAUAUACAUAAAUCUAAUAAAACUCUAAUACCCUUUUCACACAUUCAGUACACAUUCAAACCACAAAACAGUAAACAACAAACAAUUAACAGUGUAUAAAAUGCUUGUUUAUUUUAUUCAUUUAUGUACAAUUCAUUGCAAAUAAUAUAAAUAAAAAUAAAUAAAAAAGGAAACAAAAUAUAGUCCAAAACCCUAAAAACAAAAAAGCACAAAGUUCACUUCACCCCAUCUCCUUUUUAUUCCCCUCAGUCACAUUCCUUCUAAUGACUUCUGGAAUUUUGGAAUCAGAAUUUUGGUCAUCUUGGUUUUUGAGAUGCAAAUUCCUCUAUAGUGUCAUCAUAGGAAAUCGUGCUUCCAAGCCUGGUGGUUGACACUAUUGACUGGCAGACCACUGAGUCUUUCUUGUGCCAUGGAGGACCUUAGGUAGGUUUUUAUCAACUUGAGCUUUCUGCAGAUGCUACUGUCACUGGUAGUGUGCAGGCUAUUCUCAGUAGGUUUGGAUAAAGCCCAGUCAGCCCUUUUUGGUGGAGAAAGUUGAGAAAUUCAAAUGCUGUCAUGCUUGCCUUUGGUAAGUAUGGAAGGCUCUGGAUUUCUGUGGUCAGUUCCUGCCAGUUAAGGUCAGUCUCCUCCCCAUCAGUCAGUGUGUUGCCAAGUAGCUCACAUUGCUCUUGGAGUGCCUUGUCAUCCAUGUCAGUGAAACUGAGCAGAACACCGAAUUUAUCACUUACGUUCUUUAGUGAUGUGAAACGAUCUUCCAGUGACUGUCAACAACAACAUUAAAGAAUGUUACCUCCAUCCUCUUUACUGCAUCAUUCACAGUCUCGUCUGCUGCCUCAUAGCUAGGCUGCCAUUUUGAGCUUCGAAUCCUCUUCUGCGCCAGCACUGCCUCCACAUUCAUGUUCUCACAAGACUCUCUCACCUUUGACAGGAUACGUGACCUUAAAUGGUUAGUUCACCCAAAAAUGAAAAUUCUGUCAUUUAUUACUUACCCUCAUGCCGUUCCACACCCAGGGCCGGCUACUGUAUAGGCGGAGAAGGCUAUUCCCUAGGGCCUCGGGCUUGGAGGAGGGGCCUCCAUAACAUCCCUAUACGCUAGUGCACCAAUCAAGAGCAGCAAAAUAUAAGCUCUUUGUCCAUUGGAUAUAAAGAAUUGUCACUCACCUGUAGUGAAACCAAUUAAUAUCACCGUUUAAAUGUGAAUCCCACCCUCUGAAUGUAUGAAUGAAGAGAUUGUACGAUGAUGAGUAAAAUCCAGCUUUUCUGCAAACUGAUCUGAUGGCAUCGAAAUGAACGCAUCCUUCAGGGGCUGCUAAGCGUAAGGCUAAGCAGGCACAAAAAGAAAGUGCAGCUCGUAAUGCAGGUAUCUGUUUUGGAGUGAUUGUAAUGUAUUGUAAAAAUAAACUAAGCUUAUUCUGAUGAUCAGCGCCAGCGUUCAUUUUGGGAUUGAUCAUUUGACGUUAUUCUGAGUUCAAAAGAGCGCGAGACCCGUAGAUGUACUUUGAAUCCGCUUCUGACACUGAAUCUAAGCGUUUAAUGCAGAGUUUUGUCAGAAAUACGUUCUAGUGACAUCCUUACGCGAUGACGUGAAAGAACCGCUGAAUCAUUUUUUUUGAACGGGUUCAUGAACAGUCCAAAAGAAUCUGUACGCGGAAAUGACUCGGACUUCCAGUCACUAUUAGAUAAUUCAAGCUUUUUACAGUCUAUCCCUGCGUCUCAAUCAGCUCCCUAGCUCCCUAGGUUGUGAAUCAGUAUAUCAUGAAAGUGAAUGUGAACAACUACACCAUCCUGUGCAGCCAUGAGAACAGUUCUGAGCAUAUAAGCACUAUGCAGAAGUGGAGGGAAUUAGAGUCGCAGGCUACAACAGGUCAAACCGUAGACCAGAGACAGAUGACCCUUUUGGAGGAAGAAAGAAGAAGUGGCUAAAUGUUCUCACAAGACUGUUAGCAAUUAUACAGUCUCUUGCUGAGAGGAAUCUUGGAUUUAGGGGAUCCACAGACAGACUCAAUGUUUCUGAUAAUGGCCAUUUUCUAAAGGAAGUGGAGCUCCUGGCAAAGUUUGAUCCAGUCAUGCAGGAGCACUUGGCUAAAAUCAAAGAUGGAAGCACACACACAAACUACUUGGGGAAAGACAUACAAACCCGACUCCAAAAAAGUUGAGACACUGUACAAAUUGUGAAUAAAAACAGAAUGCAAUGAUGUGGAAGUUUCAAAUUUCAAUAUUUUAUUCAGAUUACAACAUAGAUGACAUAUCAAAUGUUUAAACUGAGAAAAUGUAUCAGAGUAAUGCACAUUUUGUGAUUGUUAAGUGGAAUUCACACUGUAGAGAAAAUGCACAUUUUCACUGUUGUUACUGUCCUGCUACAGUAAUAAGAAAAGUGCAGUUAAUUACUCAUCUUAAAAAUGUAAACAAAAGUUGGCUAUUCCUGGCCAGGAAGCUCAAUCUCCACUCCUGCAUAGCCCAGCAGCCACUGCUCCACUUUCUACUAUUUCAGCACAGACUUCUCAUGUCAUUACACAGGUGCCUGUCUUGCCCCAUGGCUAUCCAAACAUCUUCAUCUCCAGUUAGAUCAGUGUUUCAGUCUCCAGCAAUGACAGUCUAGGACAAGUCCUUUAUGUCAACCUUUGCAACCUGUGACAACGUGCCCUCUUUCUGAAGCUCCAUUUCCUCUUUCUGCAUCCACCCAAGUACUUCCAUCUCCGACUAUUUCCUCUGUCCUUGUUCCACCAGAGCAACCAACAGUAAAGCGUCCUCAACCAAAGAAGAACAGAAUCAGAUGUGAUAAUUGCGAUAUGGAAUUGAAUAAAAAGAAUGUGCGAGUUCACAUUAGAAGAAAGCACACCACAGUUAAACAUUAGAACGACAUUUACUAUGCCAGGUCAUUGACAGUAAGCAUGGAAUUUUUGCAGUGGCAAAAUCUUUCAGUGCACCAUCAAUUCCCAUCCAUGUUCAAAAAAGGAUAUGAGGUGUGAAUGAUAAAGUUAUGUGUGAACUAGACCAAUGUAAUGCUAGUGCUGAUAGAUUUUGCACAAAGGAGUGGCCUGAAGGAGUGCUGCCAUCUCAUGUCCUUAGCUUUCUGUCCCAAAGGUGAUGGCAAUUCUGUUACCCUAAACGAGAUGGUGAAAGAAAAAUGGUUUGGAGAAAGUAGGAAAGAUGCAUGCAUCAAAAGGCAAUGCAUGGCAAACAAAGAAGAUGUGCAACUUUCUGUAGCGAUCAUAUUUGAUGGACCCUCAACAAAAAAAUAUAUAUCAGUGUAUGAGCCAAAAUGUCUUAUUAUUGCAGACUUGGAAGAGUGACUGUUGUAUAUGACAGUAAGAAGAUCACAUGGGUCUGUCCAUGUAAUAAAACAAAACAGUCAUGUAUUCACAAAGCAAUAGCUAGCUCAGAGCUCUCUUCCAGAAGGUGAAGACCACUGAAAGGAUUGAUUCCAUGCAGAUUCCUCAGCAGCAGUCUGAGAGUCUGGAUGACUGUAGUGAUCAUCAGUACCCACCUAAUGAUGAUGGAAUAGAGAGGAUGGUGCGCUAUUUGAUGAAAAAUAAAUCUCUGCCUGUGGACCUUCCUCAAAAUUUGGUUAGUGGUCUACAACAUGAAAGUGAAUUUAGACACCAACUUUUAAUUAUAACCUCACAAGCAAAGAUUCUGACCUUUACUGGGGUAGUUGAAGGUAAAUAUUGUUAAAUAAAACAUUCAAAUUGUUUAAAGAGUGUACUGUUAUUUUGUAUUUAACUUUUCUACUCUCUGUUAAGGAAUUUCAACUUUAUGAUGUAGCAACUGCAGCAUGAUGUACAGGUACCAGGAAUUCACUGAUGGUAUCCAUAACUUUAAUGACCACCUUCUGCUUUCUCUUCACUUGUGUGUAAUUCUUCGCAAUGCUCUUCAGGUAAUAUGUGUAACUAUUGAUGUUGAUAUUGUUUUGUGUAAUAAGUAUUAAGUCAUGUAACAAUCUUUUUUCUUUAUACUCUGUGAAUAUGCCUAGAAUCACACUGCUGUUAGUUGUAACGGAGCGGGACUCAGGCAGGGAUCCAUUUGCAGUGCUUUAUUAAAAGUGGGUGAACUGGGUUUCACUCGGUGAAACAAGACUUCGCCCUGAGGUGGUGUGUGUGUGAGUCUUAAAUAGUCCAGAUAAUGAGCUUAGCUGUAUGUGGCAAUGGGUGAUUGGUGUGGAAUGUGUGCAUGUGACUGGCAGGGAGGAUUAUGGGAAGUGUAGCCCGGGAGUGACUGGAACGUGACAUUAGCAGAGUAAUGAGCAUACUUGAAGCCACUGCUAAAGCAAAAUUCCCCAGCAAAGACACAGUGCUCCAUGUUUACCUCCACUUUGAAGCCUUGAGCAGCCAUGUUUAUUCUUACACCUGCAUCAAUUGUGGUUAUUACCCCAAAGUGGUGAUUAUGGAUCUCAAGAAAGGUGUCUUCAGUAUUCCUUUCAGUAAUAUAGCCACACCACCAUCAGAUUUGUCUCUUUUUGGGAAUCCGUAACGAUGGAGAUGAUUGGCCGGGGAUUUCUUUCAAGUGGCAGGAAAAAUCCCUUUGUAGUUUGCCUAAGUUAUGAUUGUUGGGCUCCUUGGAUUGGCCCUAAUACCAGAAAGUCAGACAUUGUUCUAAACACUGAGCAUGCAAAACUACAAAAAACAAAGUCCUGUGAUGUUCCAGAUCUUGACGUCACAGAUGAAAGGUUAGGUGAUGAGCUCUUUAAUCUUAAGGUUGAUGCAGUGAGGAAGCUGUGCAAAGAAUGUGGAUUGGACACAAAGGGAUCAAGGAUGGAUCUUGUGUUACAUUUGCGAACAGAGAUGCAAAACCGCUCUGCAUAUGACAAAAUCUUCCAGCAGAUUUGGGGUGCUUCUGGUGGCUGGGCAGUCAUUACAUGUCCAUGUGGAAUAGUGUAUUCCAUCAAAUUCAACAUAAGAGCAGAGUCUCCCAGAGACUUUGCGGAUUUGCUGCUGAGUUGGAAGCACUUUCCUAAUGUUGUAAUAUACAACUUUGCUAGAGGACUUGCUGCAGCACACGUUAAUCUUUGUGAAGCAGAUUCUCUACCUUUCAGUCCCCAUGAAGGGAGACUUGCUGAACCAUCUACAGCAAAUAUCCAGCUAGCAAAGGAAGGCAAGCUCAAAGUUAAUCUACCAUGGUUGAAAAAUAAGAAGGAGGAUGAGGAUACCAACUGCCAUCCUUUGACAGGAUCAUCAGAGCAUUAUGCUUUGUAUGACAGACUCCAUGAAUUCAACACCAAAGACCCAAGAGAUGCUCUUAGGAGAAUCCAAGUAGUCCCAGAACUUUGUGGAUGGGUAAAUACUCAAACCGCAGAGCAACCUUUUGCUGCAAUGCGCAAAAACAAUUAUUUCCUGAACAUGCUCACGCCAUCAGGACACACAUUUUUGAAGCACAACAUCAUUCACCAUUAUAACACAGCACAGAAUAAGAAAAUGGAGGACAGCCGAAGAAAAGUUGUAUCACCAAGUGAUCAGUUAACCUUCAAUGGUUAUGGUCAGAUAAUAUUAGUACACCUCCACAGUCCCUAAAUGAUAGUGAGAGACUCACCUGUGAUAUUACACAAAUAGACCAAGUACACUACCCCAGCCAAGGUUCAGUGAUUGACAGGUUCAGUGACAUGACAGCCCUACGAAAUGUGUAGCCAAACAGGGCAUGCUGGAUGCAUCCACAAAGCAGUGACCAAAUGAAGAUGGUAUGUUGAACUGUUUUGCAUUUUUAUGCAAAGUGUUUACAAAUGUUUUUGUUUUUCUAGAUAAAAAAAUGCUUUAAAUGAAAAGGAAUCACAACAAUUUUUGGCUCAAGUAGGAGCAACAAUUCUGGUCAGAUCAGAUUUUAUUACCUUGGGACAUCCAAAUGAUGUUGAAGGGACUAUUUUGAAUGCCUGCCUUUCAAUGGUCAGAGAUAUUGCUGACUUAAAGGUAAUAUUUUUAUAUAUAUAUAUAUAUAUAUAUCUUCUGUUUUUUUGGAUUGAGAAAGUGUGCACAAGUGAUCCUUUAUUAACUGUAAUUUUAAAUGGAAUCUAACAGUACAUAAAGGUCCAUUUGUUUUAGCACAUAUGUGACAGUGACAUGGUUACCACCACUGUGUGCAGACCCUUUAGCUAACUUACCCAUAAGUAUGACUGAAAUUUUUAAUAGAAGUUAACUAGGGUCAUUUUAGGUGGCAUUUAAAAAUGUUUGUUGUCUGUAUAAGGACCAUAUAGCAGAAUUCAUCUUACUGCCUUCCUGGGCAUCAAACCAUUGGAUGACAUGUGUAAGUCUAUUGUGUUUAAAUGAUCAGUUCUUCUUAAUGCAAGAAUAACACUUGAUAUUUUGACAUGACUAACAGUUGUGUCUUCCAAGAAUCAUUUAAUAGGACCAGUUUUACAGAUCAUGAAACCAGAAAGCAGAGAGAUGUAUAAUUCACUGUACGGCACUGACUUCAGCGAUUGUCCUUACAUUGAUCCCUACAGGUUUUUUCAGAAAAAAUAUUAAGAGUUCAAAAGAAGUUCAGGAUUAUGGUAGUUCUGUUUUGUGCCAUACAUCCUUUUGCAUGCAUUUUGUUUUUUGUUUUAUGGCUCAUUUUUCAUUGAUGCUUAAACUAUUUAAAUCUACCUUAUCACUGGAAUUAUAUUUUAUAGUUCAAAGAUAAAAUUGUUUAACCAAUGAUAAAUGAGCCAAGAAUUUGUUUGGGGUUGUUCUACCCCAGUUUGUUUUAUUAGUAUUUAAUUAUUAUUUUUAUUCCAUUUUUGUUUUAAUUGUUGUUGUUGUUUAAAUGCUUUGUAGAAUAUUUGCACAGCAACUACAUCCUGGGCCGUGGAAAGAGUAUGGACGUGAUGAUCUCAACGUAAGACGUUUUCUUGUUGCAUCACUAAAUUCCAUUUUAGAUAUUCAACCACAUCGUUUAUUUUUGAAUAAUUAUAACAUGUUUAUUUCAAUUUAACUCAACAGGGUUCUCCAAGGCAGGAUUGUUCAAAUAACUGUUGAGUGUUUGUGUUGAAGAAUUGUUUAACAAUAAGAAAUGUUUAUUUUCCUUGAUAGCUUUGUCAGAUUGCUGUCUUUCAUUGUUAAUUUAUUUUUUAGUUUAUGAGCAAAAUCAAUAUCCAACAAACUUAAGAUAUUGAUACAAUCAAACAAAAUAAUUUAAAGCUCAUUACUAUUGUUUAUGUCUGUUUUGAUGUAACUUGCUAUUAAUGUUACAGUACGCACUCUAUGUUGUAAUGGGAGGCGUCUUUGAUUUUGCUGAGUCUGACAUGGCUGCAGUAAGGAGAUGGUGGUGCUUGCUCCUGCUAACAAAUAAACCUGUGAAAUCGGAUGCUGAAAGAAAGCUACUCAGAAAAAGGCGCAAAGAAAUGAAAACAGAUGCCACCUGAGAUCCUGAGACACAUCCUCAUGAAUGUGGUCAAAGAAGAUGGAGAUGUGGCUUUCUUCAGACUGUCUUUGACAUGCUGGCUUUUCCAUGUUGUUGUUUGUGAUGCAUCAUUCAGAAAAGACGUUCAUUUUGCCUGGAUAGACAGUGUUGUCAACUGUGCUAUACUGGAGAUGGAAGGAAAUGAAUCCUUCGUGCAUUUUACUCGACCAAAGAGUUUAAAGGUUACUGCUCAGCAGACUGCUUUAUCUGUGACAAUCACUAUAGCCCCAAGGACAACAAUUAACAAAGUUAAAUAUAAAUGGUCACUUGAGUGACAACUGCUUGAUCUGACUGCUGUGAUCAGUUUAUAUUAAAUUUAAAUUCAGGUUUUUUUUUUUUUUUUAUUAUUAAUAAAUGUACUUUAAUAAUGUACAAAUUAAGAGGAAUCUUAUGUACAGAUCACUGUUGAAAACCAGACAAAAUAUCAUUUUAUAUAUAUAUAUAUAUAUAUAUAUAUGACAAGUUUUUUUUUUUUGGUGCUGUUAAUAUUUUUGCAUUAUCCCCAUGAAUGUGUACUGGUAUUUUAAGUUGUAUACAGACUUUAUUGUAUUGUACUUUUUAAGAUUAAAAUUACAGAGACAAUUACUUGACUCAUUUUUGCUUCCACUCAACAGCAAAUAUGACCUGAAUAAAAUAAAAUGGCUUUAUUUUAAAAUGUUCUACGCAUUAAAAAAACUAC